AGUUGACCCCUGAGGAGAAAGCCAUGAGGAUUGCCAAAGCUAUGCGUAAGCAGUCGUCAGAGGUAAAGGAGAAAUGGGAGAACCUAAAUGCCAGUGCCAGUAUCUGGCAGAAGCAAGUGGACAAAGCAUUAGAAAAACUGAAAGACCUGCAGUGUGCCAUGGAUGACCUCGAUGCUGACUUGAAGGAGGCUGAAAAUGUGAGGAAUGGCUGGAAACCUGUGGGAGACUUGCUCAUAGAUUCAUUACCAGAUCACAUUGAGAAAACUACAGCUUUUAGAGAAGAAAUUGCUCCCAUCAACUUGAAAGUUAAAACAGUGAAUGAUUUGUCCAGUCAGCUGUCUCCACUUGACCUUUAUCCAUCAUUGAAGAUAUCUCGUCAACUGGACGAUCUUAAUAUGCGGUGGAAACUUUUACAGGUGUCUGUAGAUGAUCGUCUUAAACAGUUACAGGAGGCACACCGAGAUUUUGGGCCUGCAUCACAGCACUUUCUUUCCACAUCGGUACAGUUUCCGUGGCAGAGAUCUGUUUCACAUAACAAAGUGCCCUACUAUAUCAAUCAUGAGACACAGACAACCUGUUGGGAUCAUCCUAAAAUGACUGAUCUCUUCCAGUCCUUAGCUGACUUGAACAACGUACGCUUCUCUGCCUACCGUACAGCCAUCAAAAUCCGAAGACUACAGAAAGCGCUGUGCUUGGACCUAUUGGACCUGAACACAACCAGUGAAGUUUUCAAACAGCACAAGUUGAGUCAAAAUGACCAGCUGAUCGGUGUCCAGGAUGUGAUCAGCUGUCUCACCACCAUCUACAGCGGACUUGAAGAGAAACACAAAGAUAUGGUGAAUGUUCCUCUCUGUGUAGACAUGUGUCUUAACUGGCUACUCAAUGUAUAUGAUAGUGGCCGAACUGGAAAAAUUCGAGUGCAGUCCCUGAAAAUUGGCUUGAUGUCUCUUUCUACGGGCCUUCUGGAAGAGAAGUACAGAUAUCUCUUCAAGGAGGUGUCAGGCCCCACAGAAAUGUGCGACCAGAGGCAGCUGGGCCUGCUGCUUCACGACGCGAUCCAGAUCCCGCGGCAGCUUGGGGAAGUGGCAGCCUUCGGUGGCAGCAACAUUGAACCCAGCGUGCGCAGCUGCUUCCAACAGAACCACAAUAAGCCAGAAAUAACUGUAAAGCAAUUUAUAGAUUGGAUGCGCUUAGAGCCACAGUCUAUGGUAUGGCUACCAGUUCUACACCGCGUGGCAGCUGCAGAAACGGCAAAACAUCAGGCCAAGUGCAACAUCUGUAAAGAGUGUCCAAUUGUUGGCUUUAGGUACCGGAGCUUAAAACAUUUCAACUACGACGUCUGUCAGAGCUGUUUCUUUUCUGGCCGUACAGCAAAGGGGCAUAAAUUGCAUUACCCAAUGGUGGAGUAUUGUAUACCCACAACAUCUGGGGAAGAUGUACGGGACUUCACGAAGGUGCUGAAGAAUAAAUUCCGGUCAAAGAAGUAUUUUGCAAAGCAUCCCCGACUUGGCUACCUGCCUGUGCAAACAGUAUUGGAGGGUGACAACCUAGAGACGUAA